CGUUUUAGGCGCUCUGUUUGCUUCGGGCAGUCGCUCCUUAGGGAAACAAUUCUGAUGAAUUUGACAGAAUCGAGUCGGAAAACUUCGUUGACCGCUUGACCCGCUAGUCAGGAGGUUCCCUCGGAACGAGUCGAUCGGUAGCCAAGAUGUCCCAGAAGAAACAGAUCAAGAUCACCACGUUGUUGGGCAAUGCUGACAGUUCCGUGGAAGCCGAAUCCUCCAAGAAGGGCUCGCGGAGACGAAGUCUUCGAGAAACCCCGAGCACCUCGUCAACCACUCCCAGUAUUCUGGGCAGGAAGCGGAAGGACCAAAGCCCGUCGACCAUGUCAACGCCUCAGAAACGGGCGCGUAUGCCCCUGUCGGUCUUGGAAGUGACUCCUGAAGCUUCCAUUCGGAAUUUUCUCUUCAAUGCUCGGCGACCGAAAGCGAUGCCGGCUAAUUUCAAAUGGGCGAACGGCGACGAUUUGUGGACGACUCUGAUGAGGUCGAAUAGUCACGUUGCCUCCAUGAGCAAAAUCCUCGAGCAGAACCCGGCUUUCAAACCUCAGAUGAGAGCCAUCCUCUUAGACUGGUUGAUCGAGGUUUCUGAAGUCUAUCAAUUGCAUCGAGACACCUACUACCUCGCCAUGAACCUCUUCGAUAGGUACCUCCAAGCGACGGAGAACUUGCCCAAAGACCAACUCCAACUCGUCGGCGUUUCCUGUCUUUUUAUUUCCGGCAAAAUGGAGGAAAUCUAUCCGCCCCAAAUCAAUGAGUAUUCGUAUGUUUCGGACGGUGCUUGCGAGGAACGCGAAAUCAUUGCUAAGGAAAUGGCCAUUCUGACAAAACUCAAAUGGGACAUUUGUCCGAUGACGGCAAACAAUUGGUUGACAUUGUUCCUCCAGUUGUCACAGCUGCAGGAAAGCGCAGCUGGCGAGUCCGAGAAGAAGGACUUGUACGUAGCCGACAUCUGUCUACAGGAGUUCAACAUUUGUGCACAGCUGCUCGAUCUCUGUACUCUCGAUAUGGAAAGUAUGAACUUUCCUCCGCAGCACUUGGCAGCCUCAAUCGUCUUUCAUGUUUUGGGUGUUGAAGAAAUGGAACGGGUGAGCGGCGUCACCGUCAGGGAUGUAGAGGACUGCGUUCAGUGGGUGAGACCUUUUUCGCAGACGUUGCGAGAAGAAUCUCCCGCGAAGCAAGGCGGCACAGCAGAAUUCAACAAGCAGGCUUACAAUGUCAGUUUGAGACUGCUCGAGAAAGCCCAAACUCUCAAAAACCAGUUGGCAGCGACGGCGCUCAUGAAAACACCGACCUCGAGCAGGAAGAGGACGGCUCUUCCGGAAUCGUUCAUGACACCACCAUCGUGCUCGAAGACGAUGCGGAGCGAAAACGACGAAAACCGCCUCUGACACGACUCGAUGAGAAAUCUGAGGGGAGAAGAGGAAAAAACGAAAAAUGCACGAUGCUCGUGACUGAAAACGAUUCAUUAAGAGUUAGACUGUGAGUUCUCGAAGGAGAAUAGGAUUUCUCCUUCUUCCCGCCCGUCGGCGAGCGCAUGUGUAUAAUAUUGUGUCUAGAUAGAGUCACUAGAAGUUUAUGAUAUGAAGAAUGUAGGCGUUGCGACUGAGACGGAGGAACUAUUUAAACGAAAGAGAGCAUUGUAGAUGUGAAAUGAAAACCUGUAUUUUUGGUGUAGGACGAAAACUGCUCAAGCGAUCACUUAGAAAGACCUCCUCAAUAAAUAAUU